AUUUUAUAGUUAACUCAUUACAAAUUUUGUCUUUCAGUUGGAGUAGUGUUGAUUAAGUCUAUGAAAGGCAAUAUAUUCAAAACAAUUUUCAAAUUUAGUUGUGGUGUAUUCUAGUAUUUCACGUACCUACUGAUUGCAUUGCAGGUAUUGCUAAGUGCAAUAAUCCCAAUACAAACCGGUUCAGCCACUAUCUGCGGUUAAUUAAGACGGUUCUCUAAUCAAGGUUUAAGGAUUAAGUUAGCCAUUAGUAUAGUUGAUCGAUCAUUCUAUGAAAAUUAUUGACAGUAAGCUGUAUAAAUACCCGCAACUUUGCGAGAACUACAUAACCUUUUCUCAUAUUUAAUUGUUUACCAUUAUGUACUAUGUACUGGUUGUAUGGUAAACAGGUAACAAGGACCGAAGAUUAAUUAAAGUCGUAUGUAGCAACAAUUUUCUUAUAAAGGCAUCAAUUUUUUGUGAAAGUGGUUUGUGCUGUUUGAGACGUUCGCCUGUUUAAAUUCGUAUUAUCCAAUUAAAUACACAAUCAACUUCAAGAGGUACCUACUUCUAUCAAAAUACGUAUUAAUUGUUUCCGGCAGCUAAUUUGGAUUAACAUGUGGUGGAUAGUCAGUGCUCUAACGUUCCUCCUGGGGACCAUUUUAACAAAAAGCUGUUGUAAAUGGCUCUACAUCAUCGCAAAAACUUAUCGACGAGAUCUUGCGGGUAUCCGAAUAUUGCUAGGUGUUAAACGUAUUUUAAAGGACAUUCAGACAAAUGAUUUAACAAUUCAUAAACAAUUUAUGAAGGUUUUGGGAAAAACUCCAAAUAAAGUGGCAAUUUAUUUUGAAAAUGACACUUGGACUUACUCUCAGAUUAAUACAUUCUCAAAUAAAAUUGGACGUUUCUUUUCCGAUGAAGGAUACCAAAAAGGUGAUGCCGUUGCCAUAUACUACGAAAAUAGACCGGAAUAUGUGGGAAUUUGGCUAGGACUAUCUAAGAUUGGAUGCGUUGUCGCCUUAGUUAAUACCAAUUUACUAAACGACGCCCUCGUUCAUUCCUUAAAGGUGGCGCAAGUAAAGGCGCUUAUAUUUGGUACAAGUUAUGUGGAUAGGAUUGAAGAAAUCUCUCCACAACUUGGAAACAUAAAAAUUUUCCAAUUCGACGACACUUUGCAUGCAAAAGAAGUGAUGCCCAACGCGAUAAAUUUAACGGAGAAGCUCAAGACCUGUGAAAGCGGAAACUUGGACAUAUUGCCCACAUUAAGUCACAGUGACAAGCUGUUUUACAUGUUUACAUCUGGCACGACUGGGUUACCAAAAGCUGCAAUUAUUACACAUGGAAGAUUUUCUGCUAAUGUAAGUACAUUGAUGAUGGAAUGCACACCAGAUGAUGUCUUCUACGACCCGCUGCCGCUUUAUCACUACACGCCUGCUAUGGCAAUCGGAUUGAGUUUAUUACAUGGUUUGUCUUGUGUCAUCAGGAAAAGUUUUUCGGCGUCGCUUUACUUUCAAGAGUGUGCAACAUACAACUGCACAGCCGGUAUGUACGUGGGAGAAAUAUGUCGAUAUAUAGUAAACGCAGCGCCAAAAGAAACAGUUAACCAUGGAGUUAUAAAAAUGUUCGGAAAUGGAUUACGAAAGGAAACAUGGAUUGAGUUGGUCAAAAAAUUUAAUAUUAAACGUAUAUUUGAGUAUUAUGGCGCAACAGAAGGCAAUGUAGUAUUGGCAAAUUUAGACAAUCAAGCCGGUAGUAUUGGUUUUAUUCCACGGUACCUAGCAAAGUACUACAAGUUCCAAAUCGUGAAAUACGACGAAAAGGAAGAAAAGCCGAUACGAGAUGAGAAUGGCAGAUGUAUACGAUGCGAUUGCAAUGAGGUGGGAUUAAUAAUCGGUAGAAUCGAGCGGAAUAUACUGUCAAAAUUUCGUGGUUACACAGACGAGGCUCAGACAAAUAGUAAAAUUUUGUGUGACGUUUUUAAACCAGGCGACAGAUACUUUAAUACAGGCGAUCUAAUGGAAAUGGACGAACUCGGAUACGUUUAUUUCAAAGAUAGAACGGGGGAUACCUUUAGGUGGAAGGCGGAGAACGUCUCAACAAUGGAAGUUGAAGAAGUGUUCGGCAAACUAUUAAAUCAUGCCGACGUAAUCGUUUUUGGAGUGGAAAUUCCAGGUAACGAGGGCAAGGCUGGAAUGGCGGUUAUAUGUGAUCCAGAACGUAACCGUGAUAUUAAAGCACUUAGUUAUGGAGUAAAUAAAAAAUUAGCCGCGUACGCUGUUCCACUAUUUCUGCGGGUGACUUCCGUUAUCCCAACAACUGGAAAUUUCAAAAUGAAGAAGACAGAUUUUCGACCAGAAGGCUUUAAUGUGCAUCACAUUAGUGAUCCUUUGUAUUUUUUUGAUAGUCGACUAAAGGAGUACGUACCUUUAACUAGUGAGUUGUAUGAAGACAUUAUAAGUAAUAAAGUGCGAGUGUAAAUAAAAUAGGGUAGACUGGAAUAUAUCUGCUUCACUUGA